AUGGCCCCUUCGUCCAAGAACACGCCCUCUUCAGCUCGCCCGCGUGAGACGUCUGCAUCCGCCAUGUCCUCCGCGACAGCCAAUGCCGGCACCAGCGCCGCUGCCAAUCCUGCGCCCACCACCACCCCGUAUCUCCAUACUUCGCUGCUGGUCCUAUCGCCCAAUUUGUCCAUCGACGCCUUGAUGGAAAAGCACGCCACCAACUCCACCAGCCCGCCUUCCGCCUCGAGCCUGCACGCUUUGCACGACAGCAUCCACUCGCACGUUCUGCCCAACGUUCGCUCCCUCAGUGAUGCCUGUGACCGCAGCAUGCGCGAACUUUCCAGGAAGAGAAAAUUCCGCGCCGACCAAGAGCUUGACCGAGAGCGCCGCGAAGACGAGGCCGAACAGCGCAAGAGAGCCCGCCACGCAAAGAAGAACGACUCACAUCGGCCCCCUGCCGUUGGCGCUCAUGGCCUCGCCCGCCAGGACGGCCAGCCUUCUCCUCCACCCGAGUCUCCCUCUGCUACCAAACCCGCUCUCGACGAUGAUUCCUCAUCACCUGCUCCCUCCGAUGCCGAACACCAGCCUCCACCCGCUCCCGCAAUUGCCCAUUACGAAACUUUCGGCAACGAUCCCACCCAAUUCGACGACCCUACCAUCUACCAUAUUCGCGACUGGACCCCUGACAUGACCGACCAAGAGAAAAAAGAAAUCUUCUGCGUUGCUCGUUUUCCCCACGAUGACUUGCACGACCUGACACCUGGAACUCCACCAGACAUGGACUUUAGUAGCGCCAAACCCGCCAGUCAGAUCAACUUCUCCACCUUUCAGGCUUAUGUCGAGCCAUAUAUCCGUCCGCUGACCGAAGAAGACGUCGCCUUCUUGAAAGAACGCGGCGAUCGCGUGACACCAUAUCUUAUACCACCGCGAGGACCCAUGCCAUACACUGAAGUCUGGGCCAAGGAAGACGGUGUGAGCCAUCACGAUUUUAAUCUUCGAUUGCCUCCAAACGAGCCUCGAGGAAAUGUUGAAGACAUGAAUGACGAUGUCGCUGAAACCGCUCAGAUCUCGGCCGGACCGUUGAUAUCACGUCUCAUGAGUGGUUUCCGUCAUGAUCCUCACCUCCACAAAGACGACCAAAGCAACGGCAAUGCCGACACAUCAAUGACCAAUGGAGAAAGCACUGCCGGCGGUCAAGAGAAUGAGCAACCUACGAACAACGACGAGUCAUCAGACGCCGUGGCUUCAUACAAGCCUGCGACACAUUUCCCAGAUCACCACAAAAUCCCACCCAACGCAGGUCGUGACUUUGCGCCCCUAGAACAGCGAACAUUACAAGAGCUGCGAUAUUGCGGCUUUGUAACGCCUGAAGCAACUCCAGAUUAUGAUUCGCAGUAUGAUGACGAAGUCGCUGCCCGUCUGCGCUAUCUGCAAGCGGAGCUUCAGCGCGUAUCACGAGAAAAUGCUGCUCGAAAAGCACGUGUGCUGGAGCUGACAGAGGAGCGUAUGGCCAUGCAAGAAUACUCUACGAUUGCAGAUGAUCUAGACUCUCAGAUCAACACAGCUUACUUGAAGCGAAAUCGCACGAUGAGUAAGCCCAAGAAAGGUGCAGGCAAGGGAAGACCAGGUGGUACUGGUGGUGUGGCCAUCAGCCGAAACUUGGUUAGUGAAGGCGUCAAGAUGCUGAUGGAUAGGAGGAAAGAGUGGAGGGACCUCAUAGGCCCGGUUGUUGAUUUUGGACAACAACGGAUACCAAAAGAGACUGUCUUUGACAAGGAAAAUAUGGAAAGGCUUGAAAAGGUCGAGGCUGAUGCUGGCGAGGAGGAUAUAGAAUAG